CAAACCAGCAUUUCACAGCUCACACUCGUCACAGUUUCCUGUGUGGUGUACAGCUUUGUCAGUUUGAUCAGGAGGAGCUCACAGUGACAUACACUUCUGGCAGCUACAUCAAAAUCAGCAAGCAGAAUCAGUAAUCCAAAAUGUCAAAUCCAGUGGUCACCCACCAACCAGGUGCAGGCGGCUAUGGGACAAAUGUCCAAACAGGAGAGUGGAGCACGGGUCUGUGCUCCUGCUGCAGUGACUGGUUUGUCUGUGCUCUUGGUUGCUUCUGUCCACUUGUAUUGAGUUGCUACACAGCAAAUAAGUACGGAGAAAACUGCUGUUUGGGUUGUGUGCCAGGAAGCUCAACAGCCAUUAGGACUCAUAUGAGACUGACUUAUGGUAUUCAGGGAACAAUAACCAAUGAUGCCCUGAUGACCUUUUUCUGUGGGAUUUGUGAGAUGUGCAGGAUGGCGCGAGAAAUCCGCAUCAGGAACGGAGAUGUUUCAGCUUAAGAGGAUAAAGGAUUAUGACCCUUAUUCAGUAUGCUGUUUGUUGAUGAUGUCCAGCUAUUGUUGAAGUCAUUUGUUCAUUCCUGUAGCAGGCCUAGCUUUCAUGCAGGCAACAAUGAAGUAUCAGCUAAUGAAAAAUACAAUUCAGUGAAUUAAAUUUUGUUUUUUUACCUGUGGCCUUACAUGUAAAUCUAACAGUGUGACAGUUAGUGCUCGCUGUGAUCUGCAAUACUGUAAAUAAACUGCAUUGUUUAGUAACUCGCAACAUGAUUAAUUACAUUUCAGUAUGAACCCUUUUGUACAACAUUGUCAAUAAAAACAAAACAGAUUC